AUAUUAAAGUAUUUUGAUAUUACAUAUUUAAAGUAUUAGUAUCUGGAGUUGGUAAACAAAUAAAAUAAACAAAAUACUUUUAAUUAUAUUUAUUAUGUUUAAGAUCAUCGUCCGGUUUGUCCCGACUACAGUGAACGUAGCACCGGUUCCUCCUCACUUCCGGUUCAGAGCAACAUGGCGGAUGUUCCUCGGUGGUCUGAGUGUUUCUUUUAAUAUCCUCAGUUUUCAGGAUAAACGCUGUGAGAAAGAGCGACGGGUCUGUUCAUAGACACCGCGUGUUGGAGCUGAGAGAGCGCGGGACUCACGGAUGCGCACAGCGCUGUGAUGGAGAAGCUGGGCUUUGGUCCAGGCAGGAAGGAGCUGCAGGAGACGGUGGAGACUCAGAGGAAGCAGCUGCUACAGUACCAGAGCCGCUUUAAGGACGUGGUGCGAGCCUAUAAGAGCCUUCUGAAGGAGAAGGAGGCUCUGGAGGCCAGCCUGACGGUGCUGAGCGUCUCACAGCAGGACCACCAUGGAGGACCCCCCCCCUCAGGACCCCCCCAAGAGGACGGCUGCUCGCUGCACAGCGAGGACAGCCUGGACACAGCAGCGUCUGCGGAGGAGAGCGAGGACCAGCCGGGGGAACCAGCCGCGGCGUUGCAGAGCGACCUAGAUGCCGGCGGCUCGGACAGCAGUAGAGUGGGGGCGGAGCCUCUGCAGCAGGCCACGCCCCCUCCCAGCUCGGAGGCGGAGCGUCGGCUCGCUCAGCUGAAGAACCAGCUGACGACGCUAACCAGCGCACUCGCCACCGUCACGCAGGAGAAGUCCCGCAUGGAGGCCAGCUUCCAAGCCGACAAGCGGCAGCUGAAACAGGAAGUGGAGGAGCAGGAGGCGGAGCUUCACGCCCUGCAGAUGCACAAGGAGGCGGAGCUUCACGCCCUGCAGCUGCAGCAGGAGGCGGAGCUUCAUGCCCUGCAGCUGCAGCUAGCAGAGAGCCGCGCUCGCAUCAUCACGCAGCAACACGAGCGGCAGCAGGAGCAGGACGACCACGCGCUGCAGCUGAGAGAGCUGCAGAGGAUCCUCCAGCAGGAGAGAGACCUGCGGCAGGAGGGGGCUGAGUCUCAGUCACACCUGCAGCAGGUGAGGGACGACAGGGACGAGCUGAGCAAGAAGCUGCAGGCCGCAGAGGACGAGCACAAGAAACCAGACCCCCGAGCGGAGCAGCUGCAGAGAGAACUGACGCAGCUGAAGACCAGGAUCCAGGACCAGAUCAGCGCCGAGACCAGGAAGGCCUGCGAGGCGGAGCAGAGGUCAUGUGAGGCGGAGCAGAGGUCACGUGACCGCGCUCAGGCGGCGGAGGACCGGGUCUCGGUUCUGGAGCUGCGGGUCUCGGAGCUGUCGGAGCUGCUGGGCUCGUCUGAGAAGCAGAGGCAGCGAGAGCAGCAUGCGGCGCAGCGACUGCGAGAAGAAGUCCUGCAGCUGGAAGCGGAGAACAAGACGCUCGCCAUCAGGACGGAGGGCAGGUCGGAGGGCGAGGAGCAGCUGGACGUGGUGGCGCUGAAGGAGAAGCUGGAGAAGGUGAAGAAGCUGCUGCAGCAGAGGAACCCGGAGCAGGAAGUCCUGCCGGACCAGGGGGCGGCGCAUUAUCAGCAGGAGCUGCGCGCGCUGCGGGACGAGUUUGAGCGAUACAAGCUGCGGGCGCAGCUGGUUCUGAAGAACAAGAACACCAAGGACGGCUGCCAGGCCAAGGAGCUGGAGGAGGUCCGGGACCAGCUGUCGGAGCUGAAGGAGAAGUACAUCAACCUGCGGAUCCACAGCGACGAGGCGGAGGCCGUGCAGUGCCGCAUGCUGGAGGAGCGGCAGCAGCUGGCCGCAGCGCUGCAGCUGCAACACAGACAGGAAGCGGAGCGGGCGGCCGCACUGCACCGCGAGCAGCUGCUGCGUCUGGAGGCGGAGCUUCACAAACAAAGAGGCAGGACCAUGCAGCUGCUGCAGGAGAAAGAGCAGGAGCUGGAGGCGCUGCGAGCCGCUGCCCCCCCGCAGGAGCCCGACAGCGAUGCCCUCAGCGUGGCGCUGCGGCGAGCUGCGCCCAGCGAGCCCACGCUGCUGCUGUACGCAGAGCAGCUGGCCAGGAAGGAGGCGGAGGCUGGCGCUCUGCGGAGAGAGAAGCACCGGCUUCAGGACGAGCUGCACCGCCUGCAGGCCGCAGCGCUCGCUGACGCAGAGCAGCGCGCAGAGGAGGCGGCCGCGCUGAGAGGACGCGUCGACAAACUACAGCGAGACCAGAGCCGCGAGGGCGCCAACAUGGAGUAUCUGAAGAACGUCACCUACAAGUUCCUCACGCUGCAGGACGCCAGCGGACGCAUGCAGACGCUCAAUGCCAUCUUCACCAUCCUGAGCUUCAGCCCGCAGGAGAAGAGCUGCGUCACCAAGCUGCAGCGCAGCACCUGGUGGAGGUGAACACCUGAAGAAGAAACAUUAUAAGGGUCUAAUUGAUAUUAAGGGUUUAAAUCUGAAUGGUGUAAAUAUAAAUAUAUUCCAGAUUUCUUAUUUAUGGAUUUUUUCUCAGAUUGUUCUUCCUUUGUUGAAAUUAAAAUAUUGAUUGAUUCUCAAACUCA